AUGGCAAACUUGCCAAGUUGUUCUCGGAACUUCCGUGCCUAUUCAUACAUCUCCUUGGGCAGAAGAAUUCUACGAGUCCUGCUGCUUACAGCGAGGGCGGCCAUGUUGCUGAUGAGCUGUUUGCUCUCGCAUUCAAUAACGUUUCCUGGCAAGGCUCUCGACGUAUCUCCUUGGAGCGGAUUCGAACUAGCCCUCUCUCAAGUAACCUCAUUAUCGCCGCUAACAUAUCAAUUUUACCUCCUGGUACAGGUACAGACGAUGAGACGAACGAUUAACCUCAUAGUACGAUUCGCGAAUAUUCCAGACGAACAGACGAAAACGUAUACACAUCUCUCCAUCCAUACAACAUUGACAAAGCCUUCGAAGCGCGGGUGA